GUGAUGCACGCUUCCUUAUCAUAACCAACACUGACACGACUGGAGACGUGGGCAGCUGGCUCACUGUCAGUUUAAGGUCUUGAUGUGAAACUACGAAUGGAAACGAGUGGCUGCAGUUUGACCAGAAAUGUCAAGCAGGUAAAAACUGCUUUUAUAUACACGCUGUUAUGAGCGACAAGACCGAGAUAAGAGGGCCUGUAACCCGCCGGAGGAGGACGACCAUCUCCGGAGGCGGCGGGGGAGCUGUCGGCGUGAAACAAGCAAACGGGAGUAAGCGAGAAGAUGCCGGUGAGAAACCCCCACCGUAUCCCGCUAAAGCUAAAACACAAGAGGUGUCAAGUCGUGCAAGUAAUAACGGGAAGGUGGGCAAAGAGAAGGGGCAGCUCACUGACAGCCCGAGGAAACAGAAGAGUGUGGUGGAAGAUAUCAACCAGAGACUCAGCUGCCAUGUCCUCCAAGAGUCUCUCCUGAGCUCAGCCAGCGGCUACAGCAACUACAGAGGAAUCCUCAACUGGUGUGUUGUCAUGCUGGUGCUGAGUAAUGCACGCCUCUUCCUGGAGAACAUAAUAAAGUAUGGUAUCUUGGUGGAUCCUAUCCAAGUGGUGUCUCUCUUCUUGAAGGACCCCUAUAGCUGGCCGUCAGCUUGCAUCAUCAUUGUGUCUAACGUGUUCAUCCUAGCAGCCUUGUACACAGAGAGACGCCUGGCUGUGGGCACUAUUUCUGAAUCGACAGGGCUGAUUCUUCACGUGUUUACCCUGACGUCCCUGUUAGUCUUUCCUUCAGCUUGUGUACUCACUGUGGAUUCAAUAACUUCAGUGGGUGGUGUGCUUUCCCUAGGAGUCUACACGGUGCUGUUACUGAAGCUGUACUCCUACCAAGACACCAACAGGUGGUGUCGAGAAAUCAGGCACGCAAAAGCCAAGAGACUAACACGCUCAUACUCGUGUCCGAAUGUGCCCCAAUCCAAUGGAUCAGCUGUUCAUUGUCAUGUCUCCUACCCCGGCAACCUGACACACAGAGACAUGUACUACUUUGUCUUCGCCCCAACUCUCUGCUACCAGCUGAAUUUCCCACGGUCACCCCGAAUACGUAAAAGGUUUUUGAUACGAAGGCUUUUUGAAAUGCUUUUCUUCAUGCAGCUGUUGGUGGGGUUGAUACAACAGUGGAUGGUACCAACCAUUCAAAACUCAAUGAAACCAUUUCAGGAAAUGGACUUUUCUCGGAUGGUGGAGCGCCUCCUAAAGCUGGCUGUUCCUAACCAUUUGAUAUGGUUAAUAUUCUUCUAUUGGUUUUUCCACUCUUCUAUGAAUUUUGUGGCAGAGCUGCUUCAGUUUGGAGACAGGGAGUUCUACAGAGACUGGUGGAACUCUGAGACUGUCACAUAUUUCUGGGCCAACUGGAACAUCCCAGUUCACAAGUGGUGCCUGAGACACUUCUAUAAGCCAAUGUUGAAGAGAGGGACCAACAAAUUUCUGGCUCAAACCGCAGUCUUCCUGGUAUCUGCAUUCUUCCACGAGUACCUGGUGAGUGUUCCUCUGAAGAUGUUCAGACUGUGGGCCUUUAUGGGAAUGAUGGCUCAGGUUCCUCUGGCUUGGUUUGUGGGUCGGUUCCUGAAUGGAAACUAUGGCAACGCAGCAGUGUGGAUAUCACUCAUCAUCGGCCAGCCUGUUGCUGUGUUGAUGUACGUCCAUGACUACUAUGUCAUUCAUUACGGGGAAGCUACAUAACACCGGACAAACACAGCCGCGCUCUGCUCCCACAAUCACACACAUAAACACAUACACACACACACCAGCCUGCAGGAAGCCUCAAUGAGAGAAUGCAGAGUUUUAAGGUGAUUUUAGUAGAAUGUUCUGCUAAUAUGUACAUGUUUGUAAACGGCAGGGAAAGAGUUUUUGACUUCUUGAUUUUGCACUAGAGAGAAUUACAGCAGUAUUGCCAGCAAAUUAUUUUCACAAUGUAAGAAGAGAUUUUUUUUUAAGUACAUCUUUGUUGGCAGCCUCAACAGUUCCAACAGGCUCUUGAUAUCUUUAAGGGUUUGAACUUUAAACAAAUGAUCCCGGUCCAAAGGUAAUAUUGGUAUUGAUCCCUCACCGUUGGAUUUUAUCUUACUAAGAUUUUGCUGAAAAUAAAAGUUAAUAUGCAGUGCUAAGGUUUCCCUGAUCAGCCAAUAUCGGUGGUAGUUAAUUCAUAAGCUCACAGAAAGGUAAAAUGUUGUGGACUUCACUCUUCUACAUGACUUUGGAAGCACUUGAAUACACUAAAAAAGUGGAAACAGUGCUGUAAAACCAACACUUAUUGGGUUAUAUAUAACUUAUUUGGGUUAUGCACAAACCUGCCUGAGCAACUAUCGUGAAACACUGCCGAGCCAGAAAAGGACCAAUGAGAAGGUUUUGUCUCUACAUCAGUGGUGGAGAAGUCACUUUCUUACUUGUAAAUAGAGGCAAAAAAGAAAAUGAGAGGCCAAACAAAGAGUUUGUUUCUACAUGGUGAGGCUUGUAGGAUGAUUGUAGGAUUGACUGUAAAAGCAGUUUGUGGUACAUGUUUAUUGUAAAUAUCUCAUGUAUCAUGUAUGUUAAAGAAAUGCAUAAACGAAUGAUCUGCAACUCAAAAACUGUCAAAGAAAGGACACUAAACAAAGAUAUGGAGGAAGGAAGCUUUAAAGCGGAGGAGAAACGGGGUUCAUGCUCCAUGUGUUAGCCUUGGCUUUAUAGUCCUCUGUGUGUUUUAUUUUACUAAACACAUGAUUUAUUUUAUACGUUAUGUAUGUUAAGGACUGAAUGUCGCGCUGUGCCAAAUUUCUCUUAUUUUGUUGUAUAUUUUGUUCAAUCAGUGAUUUUUCAUGCAGUAGUUGAUUUACUGAUAUUAACCAAUGAAUGUUUUCCGCACUUUAAAGAGAUGCAUGCUGUCGUCUAAUGCAAUAGAUUUCUAUGAAUGUAUUUCUGUUUCAAUAAUCAUGAGGGAAAAUUGUUUUGUUGAAAUAAUUUGAAUUUAUUUUUGUUAUUUGCUUGACAUGUUGUUGUCUGAAAAGGUUGUUUGUUCAGUUAGUUUCAAUGUAAAAGCUCCUGCAGUGGUUAAAAUACAACAUUCAAGCUUGAUUUAUUUUAUUAUUUGUGUAAAAAUCCUGAAGAGUCUAUUUCUUCAUUUGACCUGAUCUGAUACUAUCAAUGAUGUCACAGCUUCUUUUCUUUUUUUUUUUACUUUUUGUUUUAAUAUCUUAUCCAAAUUCACUUAUGGCCUGGGGCGUGUCCAGACUGUUUGACAGGGGUGGCCAUUCUGCGGCAGAGACUUGUGCACAGGUGGCUAAAAGUGUGAUGUGUGCACAAACACACACAAAUAAACAUCAAUUAAGUUGACUUAAUAUUAAAUCAAAGCCUUCCAGUUUUCACAAAGAUUCUAAAAUAUUAAAGUGCCUACUGGAAAAAUAUUUUAAAACCCAAAAUGUUUAAAAAAAAAAAAAAAGUGUAAAUGCACCAAUAGGUUUACAAAAAACGAAUAACUUAAUAACGGGGCCAAUAACUUGAAUACAGAAAUGUUAUUACUGGUAUUGACAUUUUCCAAAAGAUUCUCAAUGUCCUUAUAAUAGUCUUUUUAAAAUAUGAAAUCAUGACAAAAACUAGAAAUAUGACCCCACUUUUGAAAAGCUGACAUUUUUACCAUUUAUGUAAAAGCAAAUAUAACCAUGAAGAGGUGAAGAGAGCCUUCUUCAUCAGUAUCUGAUCAUCGAAUUGAUGUAGAGGCUGUUGCUCUGACUGAGUUAUAGAUCAUUAUGACCCAGUGUGAAGUCUGUGUGAAUGUUUUCAAACGACUCGGUGACAUUUGUACAAUUUCUACUUUUUCUGAGGUAGCCGAUCUGUCUAGAAUACAUUGACAACUCGUGUAAUGCAGUGCUAACAGCUGCUGUCUGGGCAGCGUUUUCCUAAGUUACAAAAUGCCGUUAAAAUGCUCAGACGAGUUCAAAGUAACAUCACUCAAAUCAGUCAGAACACGUUGGUAUCAUUAGUGACAUAUUUGUUUUUUAUUCAUUCAGCUUGAUGUUCAUCAGUUUGUGUUUCCACUGAGUCUGCUCCUGAUAUGAUUUGAAAAUGCAGCUUCAAGUUGAACUGUCAUUAAUUCUGUUUGUGGACUUUUCUGUGAUGCAAUAUUUAAUGAAAUAAAUGAUUUGCUAUUCUUUUUCAUGUAGUAUACCAGAGCCCAAAGUGAGGAAGGCAAACCAGUUUCAAAGCCUUUUGCCUGAAAUGAUUUGUGAUGUUUGAUAAAGAUUAUUUAUAUUUGA